UCGACCCCACAGUCGGUGACGGGAGCGUCUGCGAGCAUGUUGACCCGUGCCUGCUUCUUACUGACCCUGGCGUCUCUCUCAGUUACUGUUUCUGGAGAUGUGUGCCCACAGAGAGAGAAUAUCGGGGUUGCAGGUGGUGACCCUAACCCUAACCCUGCUGGCGGCGGCAAUGAGACCCUCCUGCAGCAGAAUGGAACGGGGAUGUCUAACUCCGACCUCGAUCCGUCAUUCUUCACAGGAAGUUUAGAGCUACAGCUGCUCUUCGCAACCAGGAAAUGGUGCAGGAACGCUUUCGAUGAAAAGAUGAGGCAAAUUGGACCCCAGCAGUGGUGCAACUGGACAGCGGUGGCCAGACCCUACAGUGACCUGACCCACUGCACCGAGCGAUUGUUGGAACAUAUCGGCCUUUACUGGCCGAAUGAAUUUGGCGAGUCGAUGUUCGUCGAGGUCCAUCACUAUUUCUUCCAUUCCUGCCUGAGGGAGUUUGCGCCGCUGCUGUCUGACCCUCCGUACGUCACCGUGCUGGGUCUGACCCUGGCGCCCAUCGGGAUCAUUCCCAUCAUCGUCACCCUGGUUGUCUGGUGCAGCAAGAUCAAUGAGAGCCACGUCAAGAAAUAGGACCCCCCCCCCAUCCUUCACCUUCGCAGAACAUUGAUCCUCUUGUCCCUCAACGUUUGCCCCCCCACCCUUCACAGAAUAUUGAUCCUCUCGUCCCACAACGUUUGCCCCCCCCACCCUUCACAGAACAUUGGUCCUCUUGCCCCACAACGUUUGCCCCCCCACCCUUCACAGAAUAUUGAUCCUCUCGUUCCACAACGUUUGCCCCCCCACCCUUCACAGAAUAUUGAUCCUCUCGUCCCACAACGUUUGCCCCCCCCCACCCUUCACAGAAUAUUGAUCCUCUCGUCCCACAACGUUUGCCCCCCCACCCUUCACAGAAUAUUGAUCCUCUCGUUCCACAACGUUUGCCCCCCCCCACCCUUCACAGAAUAUUGAUCCUCUCGUCCCACAACGUUUGCCCCCCCCCACCCUUCACAGAAUAUUGAUCCUCUCGUCCCACAACGUUUGCCCCCCCCCACCCCACCCUUUGCUUUGAGUUAACCUUCCACCUGCC